AUGGCGCUGGAAGAGGAGGCGGUGGCAGAGGCGGCGGCGGCCGAGGCGGCGGCGACGGCGUCCGCAGCAGUGACGGAUGCAGAUGCGAUGGCUGAGAAUGCAAGCUUGGAGGCCUGCCGCAUGCGACGGGCGACCAGCUCGGCGGCCGGACCCACAACAGCCGUGAGGGGUUCUGGUGCUGGUGCUGGUACUGAAUCGGAGGCUGGUGGAUCGGAUGUCGUCAUGGCAAAUGAGGCCGCUGACCUCGGGCGCGUCAAGUUGGCUCGCACCCGGCCCGACGGCACCGUUGUCGCGCGGAGCAGCAAGCGGGCUCGGCCGAUGGCACCGCCCGGACCAUCGGCGCCAGAAGAAGUUUACGCGCUGGGAAGCUGCUAUCGCAUCGACUUUGCGGCCCCUGUGGCGGGCUCAUCCAAGGUCUUCCGCGCAUGGUCGGUGGCGGCUGGCCCGCCGCUGGUGGCCAAAGUCUGGGUCAAAGCUUCCAUGUGCGCCGCCGAGAAGGCAUCACUGGCAUCGGAGCUGGACAUUUUGCGGCUCAUUGCCGAGUACGGACCCGAGUCUGGCUGUAUCGAGCUCCACGACUACGCCGAGGACGACAACUACGCCGCGCUGCUUUUCCCCUACGUUGAGGGCGGCGAUCUGCUCGAGUAUGUCCACGCGCACGAGGGGGAAAUGGACGAGGCCAUGGCCCGCCCCAUCUUUGGGCAGAUUGUCGACGCCGUCGCCAUGCUCCACACCCAGCUCUGCGUGGCUCACCUCGACCUUAAGCUGGAGAACGUGUUGCUCUCGUGGCCCGACGGCGGCCCAGGCGCGCCGUGCGCCACGCUCAUCGACUUUGGCUUUUCCAAACAUUGCGACUCGCCCUCGGCCCGGCUCGAGAUCCACUGUGGCUCGCCGUCGUACAUUUCACCCGAGAUGUUGCGCAAGCCUGCGCUUUCGCCGUUUGCCUCGGACGUCUGGUCGCUCGGAGUGGUCCUGUACACCCUCCUCACUGCCAACUUCCUUUCCGUCGCCAAGCCGGCGCCGUCUCCAACAAAUCGCUUUUCCGCGCCAUCAAGCGCGGCCGCUUCGCCGUCCCCGGCGAGCUGAGCCCGUCGUGCGUCGACCUCCUCACCUCGCUCCUGGUGACCAAGCCCGAAAAGCGGCCGUCCAUCGCCGACGUGCUCGCCCAUCCGUGGCUGGCUGAGCCGGGAAGUCCGACGGCAGCGGCAUCGCUCCCGCGCCGCUGCCCCAGCCCCUCGCCCGAUGGCGCUCCCACCUGGGCCUCUGCCUUUGACUCGCACAAUGAGCCGUCACCGCCGGUCGACGUCGCACCGCGCGGCUCGCUGCCUGCCGCUCAGCCGGAUGCCUCUGGUGGCGUGUAGCCACCAGAGCUCGUUGCUGCCGAGCUCGACGCAAAGCUUGUUGCUGCACGCAGGAAUGAGAGCGAGGUGCCAGCCACCGCCCUUGCCGCCGCGUCCAGCUUGGACCCGAUGCCCGCCAGCCGAUUGAGCUUGGCC